AAUAAAAAGAUCGUAGACAUAACCAAGACAACGCGUUAGUAAAAGUCAACAAGAAGUCAACUCCAUGGUGGCUUUUAGCCCAUCCCACUUGGUUUUUAUCAAGUAAACAAAAUCGAAGUACCAAACUUGUUUGUGACAAUUUAUCUACUCCCCAAAAACAGUCUUCUCUUUCACACAUUGAUCUUGUUGUUGUGUUCCUCCUUAUAACCAUCAAGUCAAGUGUGCCAUAACCAUAAACAGAGUCUUUUCAUUCGGAGAAAAAAAGGAAAAUAUGAAGUUUGAAGAAUCACAAACGCUCUUACCCGUUAGAAAACCUGUUAAUGGAGGAGGUUGUAUCACUCUCAGCCGUGAUCGCAAACGUGCUGGUUACAAGCUUUGGGUUCUAGCCGCAGUUCUACUCUUAGCAUUUGGUUCUAUGUUAACCGGUUCCGUCUCUCUUAAAGGAAUAGGUUUGUUCCAUUCUGUCGACGGCGUUAACGGCUUCUCCACCGGCGAUGAUCUCGACGUCCUGGAAAUUGAGGAGAGAGAGAAAGUGGUGAGGCAGAUGUGGGAUGUGUACGGUCGCUCCGGUGGUGUUAGGGUGCCUCGGUUCUGGCGAGAAGCUUUUGAGGCGGCCUAUGAGUUUCUGAUCAGUGAUUCCGCCGCUGUUCGAAACGGUGUCUUUUCUGAUAUCGCCAAGUUGUCUCUUGUUCGCUUUGUUAAGUCAGAGUCUACUCCUGUCCAGCCCAAAAAUCGUUGAGUUGUGAAGAGUUGAAGAUGAAUGAAAAAAGCCGGAAAAACGUCUUUUUCAUACCUGGACAAUUACACUAUGUUGAAUUCAUACAUCGGAUUAUCGACUAUGCUAAAAGAUACAUUAGUUUUAAAAUAUAUGAAAUUCAUACAUAAAUUUUCGAUUUUGUGCAUAAAUAUACAAAAACGUGUUUAAUAUGUAACUCUGUUAAUUUUU